AUGAAAGUGGUACACGGUUCUGAGAUGAACUACAGCAGCAGCGGCUUGAAACACCGGCCCGGAGCUCCAUUGUUCAAAUUCUUGAUCCUGGGCGAAGAGAACACGCCUGACAACUUUUUCCUGAUGCUGGCCAGACAAGAAAGCUUCUACUCUCCGCGCCAUCAUCACAACUUCGAGCAGUUCCGUUAUGCGUACAAGGGCGAUAUCACACUAGGUGAAGGCGAAGACUGGCUCUUGAGAGAGGGGGAAGUCGCGCAUUUCCCGGAGGGGGCGUGGUACGGCCCUCAGAACGACGGGCACGCAGUGAAGGAAGUGCUUGUGCUGCAAUUUGGCGGUCCGAGUGGACAAGGCUUUCUCAGCUUUGGCCAGCUGAAAGCGAUCCAAGACGACAUGGACGCCAAGGGCCUUGGGAAAUUCGAGGGAGGAAAGUUCAUCCCUGCCAGCGAUGCUUCCAAAGCCAUUGAUGGGUACGAAGCACUGUGGGAGCACAAACACGGCCGGAAGCUGGAAUAUCCAGUCACGAGGUACAAGCAUCCGUUGUUGAUCGACUCCCAGGCUUUUCCAUGGCGCAAGCUUGACCAACACACACAAGGAAACGUGUUGACCAAACCUCUUGGGGUCUUCUCUGAUGGGAGCGUCUCGGCACGGUUUCUCCGAGUCGAAAAUGGAACAUUGGGAUUGCCUGAAAAGGAGGCUAUACAGUUGCUCUUCGUUCGUAGCGGCACGGCCAAGGUCGACGGACAUGACGUCCGGGAGCAAUCAGCGGUGCAAUUAAUGGUCGGAGAGCGUGCAGAAAUAGCAGUGGACGACACAGCUGUGGAAAUACUCCACCUUACUCUACCUUCGCGCUCGAAUUGA